UGUCGUCGAUGGUGAGUUCGUACGCAGCGCAAGGACACGGAGUGACCCUGAGUUUCAGACUCAUUCCCAAGCUGAGAGAGAUUCUGCAGCAGAUUCUACCACUGGACUCUCACACCCAGGCCUCCGGUCGUCUCUUUGUAUCAGUGACUCGACUUCCUGAUGGACAGAACCGCAUCAUAUCGGACUUUAGCACGAGAGAGGAGCUCAUACAGGUUCUGCUGGCAAGCUGCCUCUUUCCGUUUUAUUCUGGAAUCUCUGGGAUAUGCUACAGAGGAGAGAUGUACUGCGACGGAGGGUUCACCGACAAUCAACCCUUCCCCAAGCUGGCCCAGUCCUGCGGAGUCUCCGCCUCGCAAGGCCUCAUCAGCGUGUCGCCCUUCGAGGGCACGCAGGCCAUCUGUCCGCGCGGCAUCUGCCCGACAAACGGGCGCAUUCUGCGGUACGCCGGCCUCGAUUUCAAGAUGGGAAUGGCCAACCUGCAGCGCCUUUGGUACGCGCUCUUUCCCCCGUCGUGCGAGAAGCUGGAGCUCUACUUCGAGGAUGGCUAUAGAGACGCGAUGGACUUUCUGGAGCAGAUCAAGGCUCACUGACACAACGGCUUCACCGUGUUAGUGUGCAGCGAUAUAAUAAAUGUAGAUAUAGUACAUUUUUGUUAAUAUGCUAAUUGUUUUUUUACCCUAUUAUCUGGCAAUAAAACUGACACCUUUUUUUUUUACAAAGAGUCAUGUUUGCAUUGA